UCUCCGAGACGUAGCUGGGCAGGGCCACCCGGUCACCGGCGAGGGUGACCGCGGGGGGAGCGAGGACUGCGGCCGCGGCGGAGGUGGGUGCGGGCCCGCGGGCGGUGUCCCGGCCCCUGUAGCGCGGGGCGGGUGGUGGACGCAGGUGGACGCGUCCGGCUCCUCCCGGUGCGGACUUGGGUUGCGCCUUGACAAGCAGUGGACUCACUGGUGACAGUGUCGGUGACUCGUCCUAGUGCAAGAGCGGCUUGUAAAUUUGCUUCAGCGAACCUUUUGACGCCUGACCUUCCCAUACGGAUUAUACUCCAAAUCUUGUUUAGAAAAUGGGUCCUACAGGACGCCUUGUUACCAUCAAAAGGAGCGGGGUCGACGGCCCCCACUUCCCGUUGAGCCUCAGCACAUGCUUGUUUGGAAGGGGCAUCGAAUGUGACAUCCGUAUUCAGCUUCCUGUAGUGUCAAAACAGCACUGCAAAAUUGAAAUCAAUGAGCAAGCAGCAAUAUUGUUUAAUUUCAGUUCCACAAGUCCUACACAAGUAAAUGGAUCUGCUAUUGAUGAACCCAUACGACUAAAACAUGGCGAUGUGAUAACCAUUGUUGAUCGAUCUUUCAGGUAUGAAAAUGAAAGUCAUCAGAAUGGAAGCGAGUCCACUGAAUUUACAGGACAAAGAUGUGAACAGGGAUCUCUGCGUCGGGUCUCAAGAUCGAGCCUCUCUUCUGAGCCUGAUGGGAAAGUUCAAGAUUCCAAUGCCCGUUCAAAACUCACUGAAGAAAAUGUUUCAGGAAGGUCUCUGGUACCUGUGAAGAAUGUCAAAACACCUGGUACUGUCUCAGAUGAUUCAGAAGAUCAUGUUGCCAGGAAAACACCUAAUGUUAUUCAUUCCUCAGAACUUCCUGGAGAUAAUUGCAGAAAUGUAAUGGGUCCCACUCCUGGGGAUUUUAAAGAAGAUUCCAGUGUAACAUUAGUGAGCUAUAAUGGAGAAUUGAAGUCUUUUCCUUCUACACAGUGUCUUAGGAAUAGUGAAAAAAACGAAUCUCCCUUUAGGAAGCUUUAUGAGUCAAUGAAGGAAGAGUUAGAUGUGAAAUCAGAAAAAGAAAAUAUUCUGUGGAAUCAUAGAAAAUCCAGAUCACAGAGUCAUUGCUCAUCAGAAAACGAAAGUGCUGCUGGUUUACAGGGCGGGUCACAGCUACUGGUCUCACUUAAAUCCAGGCGGAAAUCGGGUCAAAGCACCCAAAUUAAGGCAGACCCUGCUUCGGGAGAACAAGGAAGUAGCCAGACUGAGGAAAAGAGAACUGAUGAAGAGCCUGUUCAGACUCCCAAGGUGACAAUGAGUCCCAGCAUUCUCCGCACGCAGACAGCGGAAACAAAGACCCUCGCACAACAGUCACAGCGAAGCUCCUCACAGAAACGUCAGAGUGAAGCCCUCAGUGAUAUCCGGGGAAGUGAUCCUGUGAAUCUGAGUCUAAGUGAAGGCUUCAGGGUAGACAAUAAAACCCUUACUCCUAGGAAGUCCUUAACUAGAAAUCAGACACCCACUAAAGUUGAAAAUGCUGGUAAUUUGGGAAAUACUCCAGAAAAACUCUUUUCCAAAAAGAGGAGGAGUAUGCCUACAAAUGUUGAUGUUCUUACUACAGAAACAGAAAUUCAAAAUCAAACUAUUUUAGCUCCACUGCUCGUUCAAGUUGAAAGGAAGAUUCAAAACGAUGCCCUCAACAAGCCUGAGAAAUUGGAUAGCACAGCUGGACAGAUGUGCUCUGGGUCACCUGAUCUUAGUUCAGUUGACGUCAGCAACUUUGGUGAUUCCAUCAAUAAGAUUGAGGGAAUGUCCUUGAAAAGAAGGCGAGUGUCCUUUGGUGGUCAUCUGAGACCUGAAUUAUUUGACGAAAACUUGCCUCCUAAUACACCUCUCAAAAGAGGAGAAACACCAAUGAAAAGAAGGUCUCUUGUCACUCACACUCCAACUGUCCUGAAGAAAAUCAUCAAGGAACAGUCUCAACCAUCAAGAAAAGAAGAUUCUCCUUCAGAAACCCAUUUGGAAGUGACUGCACAAAACGUGUUUAUGAGCUCUCCUGCUCAGAAUCCUACAAAAACUCCACUUGCAAAUGAUCAGCGCCAUCGGUCAUCCAAGGCAUCUUCUGUCUCCAGUGACAGCAAAUCUCCUCACCAGACAGAUACUCCUAAGAGAGGAGGGAGAAGGAGCGGCAAUUUGCCUUCAAAGAGAACAUCCAUAGAUCGAAGCCAACAUGAACUCUUACAGAUGAUUUAUUCCAAAAGAAGGAGUGGUGCUUCUGAAGCCAAUUUAAUUGUGGCAAAAUCGUGGGCAGACGUGGUAAAACUUGGUGCUAAACAAACACAAACUAAAGUCGUUAAACAUGGCCCUCAAAGGCAGCUGAACAAAAGACAAAGAAGGAUUAAUACUCCAAAGAAGCCUACUGGCAGUGUUCACAAUCAAUUUAGUACAGGCCACGCGAACUCUCCCUGUACCAUAGUAAUAGGGAAAGCUCACAUCGAAAAAGUAAACAUGCCUGCUCGGCCCUACAGAAUGCUGAACAACUUUGUAUUCAACAAAAAAAUGGACUUUAAUGAAGAUCUUUCAGGACUAACUGAAAUGUUCAAGACUCCAGCGAAAGAGAAGCCACAAAUGAUGAGAAUAUGUCCCAUCACUUUUUCAGAUUCAGAGGAUUUGCUUGGAAAAAAGUUUCAAGUACCUAAUUCGGAAGAAAAACCUCUGCUAUGCACUUCAGAAAAUUUUGGAGAGAGUGUGUUCCCCAGUACUCAGAAAGCAGCAAAAGAGCCGUCAGAUAAAAGUUCUGCAAGCCCUGCCUUAAAACAACGGGAUAGGAGAAUAAAUGAAGAUAUCGUGAAAACUCCCAGGAACAUCUACAAAAUGACAAGUGCUGAGAUGAAAACUCCAGUAUCUGAGGCAGAGCCUCCAAAGGUAGCAGCAAGUACAAACAAGUCUAGAAGGUCUGUGGAGCUCAGAAAUAAACAGACGCCAGGCGCAGAGGAUGAGAAUGAAGAAAGGAAAACCGACACCAUGGAGAACAUCUUGGGAAGACGUCUGAGGAAAACACCACUACGAGAACAGAAGCUAAAGGGAGAGAUGAAGGAAAGUGAGAGAUCUUUUGAGAUAUGUAAGAAUAUCAUCGAAUCAAAAGAAAACUCUGAAAAGAUCAUGGCUGUGAGGAGAUCAAGAAGAUCUUCAGAGCUAAAAUGGGAACCAACAGCAGACCUGACUGCCCUCAAGAGAUGGCAAGAGACAGAACCAAAGGAAGACCUGGCAGACAUCCCAAGUCUCCUCCAAACCCCAGACUAUGUGGCGAAACCGGUGGAUACAGAGAACAAAACCACAAAACUGCGCUGUAAAUCUCCAAAACCAGAACCGGUCAACAUGCCAACAAGGACUAAUGUACAGCUCAAGACACCUCCCCAGAAAGUGGAUGUAGAAGAGCUCUUAGUACUCAAGAAGCCCACACAAACACCAGGAGAAACCACAUACACACACAGAGAACCAGUAGAUGAUGAAAAAAGCAUCAAAUUGUUUAAGGAAACUGUAAGGCGGGAACUGGACUCUGCAGAAAAUGUAACUGGAAGUAAGGGCCAGCCAAGAACACCUAAGGAAAAGACUCAACCUCUAGAAGACCUGGCUGGCUUCAGAGAGCUCUUCCAAACACCAGAUCACGCCAAGGAACCAAUGACUGAUGACAAAACUGCUACAAUACUCUCCCAGUCUCCACAACCAGAACCAGCCAUCAUGUCAACCAGCAAGACCAGACGGCUCAAGACACCUCUGCAGAAAGUGAACGUAGAGGAUGAGCUCUUGGCACUCAGGAAGCCCACACGAACACCAGGGGAAACCAUGCUCUCACACCAAGAACUAGUAGGUGGUGACAAAGACAUUGCAGUGUCUCAGGAAGCUCCAGAACAGAAACUGGACCCUGCAGACAAUGUAACUGGGAGCAAGAGGCGGACGAGAACACCCAAGAAAAAUCUCCAUUCCCUCGAAGACCUGGUUGGCUUCAAAGAGCUCUUCCAAACGCCAGAUUACACCAAGGAACCAAUGACUGAUGACAGAACCACAGAACCAGUCAACACACCAACAAGUAGAAAGAGAGGGCUCGAGACACCUCUGCAGAAAGUAGACAUAAAGAAUGAGCUCUCAGCACUCAGGAAGCCCACACAAACACCAAGAGAAACCAUGCUCUCACACAAAGAACUAGUAGGUGGUGACAAAGACAUUGCAGUGUCUCAGGAAGCUCCAGAACAGAAACUGGACCCUGCAGACAAUGUAACUGGAAGCAAGAGGCGGACGAGAACACCCAAGAAAAAGAUCCAUUCUCUCGAAGACCUGGUUGUCUUCAAAGAGCUCUUCCAAAUGCCAGAUCACACCAAGGAACCAAUGACUGAUGACACAACCACCCAAAUAUCCUGCAGAUCUCCACAAGCAGAACCAGUCAACACACCAACCAGUAGAAAGAGAGGGCUCAAGACACCUCAACGGAAAGUAGACUUAGAGAAUGAGCUCUCAGCACUCAGGAAGCCCACACAAACACCAGGGGAAAACACGUUCUCACACAAAGAACCAGUAGGUGCAGUGUCUCAGGAAGCUUCAGAACAGAAACUGGACCCUGCCGAAAAUGUAACUGGAAGCAAGAGGCAGACGAGAACACCCAAGAAAAAGCUCCGUUCCCUCGAAGACCUGGUUGGCUUCAAAGAGCUCUUCCAAACGCCACAUUAUGCCAAGGAACCAAUGACUGAUGACAGAAGCACCCAAAUAUCCUGCAAAUCUCCACAAGCAGAACCAGUCAACACACCAACAAGUAGAAAGAGAGGGCUCAAGACACCUCUGCAGAAAAUAGAUGUAGAGGAUGAGCUCUCAGCAAUUAAGAAGCCCACACAAACACCAGAAGAAACCACACUCUCACACAAAGAACUGGUAGGUGGUGACAGAAACAUUGCAGUGUCUCAGGAAGGUCCAGAACAGACACUUGACCCUGCAGACAAUGUAGCUGGAAGCAAGAGGCGGACGAGAACACCCAAGAAAAAGAUCCAUUCCCUUGAAGACCUGGUUGGCUUCAAAGAGCUCUUCCAUACACCAGAUCAUGCCAAGGAACCAAUGACUGAUGACAAAACCACCCAAAUAUCCUGCAGAUCUCCACAAGCAGAGCCAGUCAACACACAAGCAAGUAGAUGGAGAUGGCUCAAGAGACCUCCCCAGAAAGUAGACAUAGAGGAUGAGCUCUCAGCACGCAGGAAGCCCACACAAACACCAAAUGAAACUGUGCACACACAGAGAGAACCAGUGGAUGGUGAUAAAGACAUCAAAUUGUUUAAGGAGACUUCAGAGCAGAAACUAGACUCAAAAGAAAACGUAACCGGAAGCAAGAGGCAACCAAGAAGACCUAAGGAAAAGGCCCAACCCCUAGAAGACCUGGAUGGCCUCAAAAUGCUCUUCCAAACACCAGAUCGCAUCAAAGAACCGAUGACUGAUGACAAAACCACCAAAAUUUCCUGCAAAUCUCCACAAGCAGAACCAGCCAACACACCAACAAGUAGCAAGAGACUGCUUAGGGCACCUCCCUGGAAGGUGGAGGAGCGGGAACGUCUAUCAGCAGGCAAGAAGCCCACGCAAACCCUGGGGGAAAUGGCGUGUUCACACGGAGAACCAGUAGACAGUGACAAAGACAUCAAAGCGUUUAAGCACACUGCAAGGCAGGAACUGGAUCCUGCAGAAAAUGUAACUGGAAAUAAGAGGCAGCUAAGAAUCCUGAAGGAAAAGUCCCAGCCCCUUGAAGACGUGGUUGGCUUCAAAGAGCUCUUCCAAUCACCAGUUCAGGCCAAGGAACCAACGGCUAUUACCAAAACCACAAAAAUGCCCUGCAAAUCUCCACAACCAGAACCAGUUGUAACACCAACCAACAUGAGACAGCUUAAGACAUCUCUGGGGAAAGUAGGCGUAGAAGAUGUGCUCUCAGCACGCAGGAAGCCCACACGAACGCUGGGCAAAGCUGUGCACGCACACAGAGAACCAGUGGAUGAUAAAGACAUCAAACUAUUUAAGGAAGCUCCCAAGCAGAAACUGGACUCAGAAGAAAAUGUAACUGGAAGCAAGAGGCAGCCAAGAAGACUUAAGGAAAAGGCCCAACCCCUAGAAGACCUGGAUGGCCUCAAAAUGCUCUUCCGAACACCAGAUCACAGUGAGGAACCAACGACUGAUGAGAAAACCUCCAAAAUACCCUGUAAAGCUCCACAAACGGAACCAGUCAAAACACCAGCAAAUAGAAAGAGACUGCUUAGGGCACCUCCCCGGAAAGAGGAAGAGCAGGAAGACCUGUCAGCACACAGGAAGCCUACACGAACUCUGAGGGAAAGGAUGCACUCACACAGAGAACCAGUCAGUGGUGAUAAAGACAUCACAGUGUUUAAGGGAACUGCAAGGCAGGCACCGGACCCUGCAGCAAAUGUAACUGGAAACAAGAGGCAGCUAAGAACUAAGGAAAAGGCUCAGCUCCUUGAAGACCCGGCUGGCCUCAAAGAGCUCUUCCAAACACCAGCUCACACACACGAACUAAUGACUGAUGAGAAAACCACAAAAAUGCCCUGCAAAUCUUCCCAAGUGGAACCAGUCAACACGAACAUGCCAACGGGUACAAAGAGACGGCUCAGGGUACCUCCCCGGAAAGUGGACAUAGAAGAUAAGCGCUCAGCGUGCAGGAAGCCCACAGAAACACCGGGGGAAACCACACACACACAUGGAGAACCAAUAGUGGAUGAUAAAAACAUCAAGUUGUUUAAAGAAACUCCAAAGCAGGAACUGGACCCUGAAGAAAAUGUAACUAGAAGCAAGAAGCAGCCAACAAUCCGUAAGAAAAAGGCCCGACCUCUAGAAGACCUGGAUGGCCUCAAAGAGCUCAUCCAAACGCCAGAUCACACGGACGAUCCAGUGACUGAUGAGAAAACCACUAAAAUGCCCUGUGAAUCUCCACGCGUGGAACCCGUCACCGAGCCACCAAGCAAGAAAAGACGGCUCAGGGCACCGCCCCGGAAGGUGGAUGAGCAGGAAGAUCUGUCAGCACCCAGGAAGCCCACACAAACCCUGGGGAAAACGAUGCGCUCACGCAGAGAACCAGUCGGUGGUGAUAAAGACAUCACAGUGUUUAAGGAAACUGCAAAGGAGGAACUGGACCCUGCGGCAAAUGUAACUGGAAACAGGAGGUGGCCAAGAAGAACUAAGGAAAAGGCCCAGCCCCUCGAAGACCUGACCAGGUAUAAAGAGCCCCUCCAGACGCCAGCUCACGCCAAGGAACUAGGAAGUGAAGCUGAGAGCGUUAAGAUGACUCCAACACAAACAGCAGACAAAAGAAAACCUGUGAAAAUAUCCAGAAGAGUCCUUAGGGCCCCUAAAAUAGAACCCACGGAUGACCUGGCGGGCACCAGGGACCCUGUGCAAUCACAAGGGGAAAGCAGUGUUUCCCCGUCCCCCAAGAGGAAACGUGGAAAAGAUGGACGCAUCACGGGAACGAAGAGGCUGUGCUCUGUGACUCCUCCACCAGACACGGCGGAAGAGAAGCCGCUCCAUAAGAAACAGAGGACGGCUCCCAGAGAGACAUGCGAACCACCUGAACCCGCUGUGACAGAGAAGAAAAGUCGGAGAAUGUUGGCAAAAAGGAUCGAACCUGUGAAAGGGCUGCCCAGCAACAAUGGGAAAACUGAAAAAAGGGGCCAAACAGUAGAAGAUGCAGCUGCUUCAAAUAAGGGAAUGUCCCUGCGUUCCAGACGCCCAAAUAAAACCGAUGUAGAGGAGCAAAAAUCUGAAUUUCCUCUAUCGGCAGAAAAGAUUAAAACAAAGAGGAAUGAAAAGAAGCCCAUGAAUACCUCCCAAGAGAUGAAGCUACAAAACCCGGAAGAUGGAGCUGAGAAUUCCACAUCUGGGGGCCAAGUCCCUGGAAGUAGAACAGGUUUGAGAUCUGGAAGACGGAAUAAGAUGCCCUUGCCUAAUGUAGCAGAGGAGAAAGCAAGGAAGAAAAGUGUGGAAAUCUCCGUGAAGAGUCAGAAGGAGAGCAAAGUAACAGAACAUUCAGACUCCAAGAGUUUGAGAUCAAGAAAGAUUACAGUUCCUUCUAAAGGAAACACUUCAGAGGGUGAAUCUGAGCAGAGAGUAACUCGGGGUGCCAAGAAGCGUGCUGAAACUACCACAAAGGAGGAGGUGCUCGUGUCCUAG